AUUGACCAAAGGACAGAUAUCAAGUCGGACUCGCUGAAAGAGGGAGACAAGCACAGAGGCAUCUUUCUGACCGUUACCACUUCUGCUGCUCAGCUGAGAGGGAAAAAACACCCUUCACUCCCACCUUAGAGGAAUUCAGGAUUGUUGGAGCUCAUUCCAGCAGCUUUCUGGAGCAUUAUAGGAACAAGAGAAGACCUCCCUCCCUCUUAUCACCGAGCCGCUGGGAGGGGUCGCACAGGGUCACCUGACCAAACUGGACCACGAGCAAUGAGAAAGAGGUUGUAGCCAAACACAGGUAGUUCAGCGAGUGUUUUAAGUGAGACACAUGAAAAGGGGAGAGAGUUUCUUGGCAGGCCACAGGAUCUCGUAAAAGACAACAAUACGUCUUGGACCUUUCUGAACUGCCUGCAUUCAACCCCCCACUCCCUCCCCCACUCUGUGAACGCAGAAACCCCCCAUCCUGUACUGUAUGUAUAUAUGUGAGCAUCUGUGUGCAUAUGAGAUUAUUUAUUGAUGUUCACCGAGUGAGAACAUAUCUUUGUGCUGAAGUUCUAACUGUCAAUGUGUGUGAAUAUAUGUUUCUGUAACUAGACGUCAGAGACAGCACAAGAAUCAAUCUUAAAGUCAUCAACACUGGUUCGGUUCUGUAAGCCGGACUGUUAAAUCAUCCACUUAUAAGCUGUGACAGAGUGAGAGCUGCAGGUUGUGCUGCUCUGGCGGAGCUCCACUAUCUGUCUUCCCCUCAUAAAGACUCAGGCUGACAGGAGCGUACACCAGGGGGGGUCUCUGAGGGAAAACAUGGAGGCAACCAUCCGUCCCCAUGUCCCUUCAAAUGGCUGACUUCAGAGAAGGAGCCCAAUCCGUUUCCCCCUGAGCAGAACCAGGCAGAGGCAUCCAGCGCUGAUCUCUCUCUCACCACCACCUCCACGAAACGUGCGGAUGUCCUGCCUCAGGCGUCAGCCCGUCACCAUCCCUAUGGACACCGUCAAGAUCAUCCAGUCGGAGAAGUUCCCCAGAGAGUGCCCCGUGCCCGUCACGCAGCCACGCUAUGCCCCGCCACCCAGAGUGGCGUGGGACGGCGGAGGCGAGGGCGAGAUAAUCGUCAACCAGGCCUGCAGCGACCUGACCCUGGACAUAGCAGUGUCUCCCAGGCCGAUGGUGUCCACCCCGGCCCCUGUGACGCGCAGGGAGCAGAGCUUCCUGGCGCAGCGCAAAACCAGUGCCAAUGAAAUCUGCUACCACCAGUUCCAGUACAAGAUGGAGGACGUCAUAGUCAACCAGUACGUGCUGCGCUCCUCCUCCACCUCCUCUUCCACUUCCUCCUCUUCCACUUGCUCGGGACCCGUCAUGCCCUGCGAGCCCCUGGACUGCCCCACCUGCGGCCACACCUACAACUUCGCCGGCAAGCGUCCGCGUAUCCUCUCCUGCCUGCACUCGGUGUGCGAGGAGUGCCUGCAGAUCCUUUACGAGUCCUGUCCCAAGUACAAGUUCAUCUCCUGCCCCACCUGCCGGCGCGAGACGGUGCUUUUCACUGACUAUGGCCUGGCUGCUCUGGCCAUCAACACCAGCAUCCUGAGCCGCUUGCCCUCUGACCCCAACGGGCCUGUGCAGUGGGGCGGGGACGCCGACCGCAGCUGCUACCAGACUGUGCGCCAAUACUGCCAGUCAGCCUGCACCUGCCAGAUCGCCAACCCCUUGUCCUCCUGCGGCAUCAUGUAGGCAAGGGGGGGCACUGCAGGUAUGACUCAACGUUGGCCCCCCAACACCACUCUUAUCGUCUAUAAGCUCGACCCUUUCUGCCAAUUCCUUCCCCGUCACACACACAUACAGUAAAUAAAUCCCUCCACAGAUGUUAUCUCUAUAUAUUUAAUAGCACAGAUGGAUGCUAUGUGGGACUAAUGGAUGCUGGUGGUUCGAUAAAUAGUAAAUACAUGUAUUUUAUGUAUGGACUGGAAUCCUAUUCACCCUCUCUUGUUUGGUUGGACGUGUUUGUCAUUGACAUCUCUUUACAUGGGAAUGCCAGGGGAGGUCUGUCCCCCCCAACCUCGGUGAAUAAAGAUUAAAUAAUGAUAAA